AUGGAUGCUCCAGUACAGAUUUUCCGUGAGGAGCCAGACUCCACCUGCUCCCCAGGGCCCUGUCGUCCCCCCAGCACCAGCAGCAGCUGGUUACAGGGCUGGGCAGACUAUGACAGUAACACUACUGGGGCCUUUGGGGACAGCCAGCACAACCACACCAGCAUCUCCCCUGCCAUCCCCAUCAUCAUCACUGCUGUCUACUCAGUGGUCUUCGUUGUUGGCUUGGUGGGAAACUCUCUGGUGAUGUUUGUCAUCAUAAGGUACACGAAGAUGAAGACAGCAACCAACAUCUACAUUUUCAACCUGGCUCUGGCAGAUGCGCUGGUGACCACCACUAUGCCUUUCCAGAGCACUGAGUACCUGCUGAACUCCUGGCCCUUUGGUGAUGUGCUGUGUAAAAUAGUCAUUUCCAUUGACUAUUACAACAUGUUCACCAGCAUAUUCACACUGACCAUGAUGAGUGUUGAUCGAUACAUUGCGGUGUGCCACCCUGUGAAGGCUCUGGAUUUCCGCACACCUCUCAAGGCGAAGGUCAUCAACAUCUGUAUCUGGCUGUUGUCCUCAUCUGUUGGUAUAUCUGCCAUAGUUCUUGGAGGUACCAAAGUCAGGGAAGAUACUGCCAGCACUGAAUGCUCCUUGCAGUUUCCCGACAGAGACUAUGUGUGGUGGGACAUCUUCAUGAAAAUCUGUGUCUUUGUCUUUGCAUUUGUUAUUCCAGUUCUCAUUAUAGUUGUUUGCUACACUCUGAUGAUCUUGCGCCUUAAAAGUGUGAGGCUUCUCUCGGGCUCUCGAGAAAAAGACCGAAACCUGCGCCGCAUCACCAGGCUGGUUCUCGUGGUUGUGGCAGUGUUCAUUAUCUGUUGGACUCCUAUCCAUAUUUUUGUGCUGGUUGAAGCCUUAGGUGAUGUGUCCCACAGUACUGCUGCUAUCUCCAGCUAUUACUUCUGUAUUGCCUUGGGUUACACCAACAGCAGCCUCAAUCCAAUCCUUUACGCUUUUCUGGAUGAAAACUUCAAGAGGUGUUUCAAGGAUUUCUGCUUCCCCUUUAAGAUGAGGAUGGACAGGCAGAGCACCAGCAGAGUCAGAAACACUGUGCAAGACCCAGCUUACAUGAGAGAAGCAGAUGGGACAAACAAACCUGUAUGA